AUGGAAGAAACUACAGAGCAGAAAGCGACACCUCAGGCGGUUGUGCCGACGUAUAUCCUUGACGCUUUUAUCCCUGGCUACUCCGCGCUUCACAACGUAAUCCUGCACGUUUUGGGCACAGACAUAAACUACCUGGUCUCCUCCGCAGCAAUCCUGUGGCUCUUCUCAAAAGUAUUGUACUCGCCAUGGGAGACCCUCAUGGAUCUCGUCGAGGAAUACUUCAUGUCCUCCUUAACCAUCGAAGAAAACAACCGGGAUCUGUGUAAAAUACAACUCGCAUACUUCGCCAAACGUGAAGCUGAAUUGCGGAUACGAUCUAUAAACGCAGCUCUCAAUCACGACCCUGAAGAGCGGACGGACGAAGAGAUGGUAUCAGAGAUGGGCUGGCUGAAUUUUGCAUUCAGCGAUGCAAAUACACCGAUGAGGUAUAGCGCACGUGGAAUUCCUUAUCGUCGUGGAUACCUCCUUUAUGGUCCUCCAGGAACUGGCAAAUCUUCCCUCGCAUACGCUGUAGCUGGGCUCUUUGGCCUUGAGAUCUUGUUCUUGUCACUCAUGGACAAGAAUCUGGAUGAAGAAAAGCUUUCGGACCUCUUCGCCGCCCUACCGGAGAAAUGCUUGGUCCUGCUUGAAGACAUCGAUUCUGCUGGCUUGAAUAGGGACAUGGACGAAUCCGAGGACGAAGAUAGUGAAUCCGAAGACGAAGAUGAUUCUAAAUCUGCCAAGAAGAAAGCCAGCAAAGAGAACAAGAAUACCUCAAAAAACAAGGGGAUUUCUCUGAGUGGGUUGCUGAAUACCAUCGACGGUGUUGCCUCGAAUGAAGGCCGUGUGCUCUUCAUGACCACCAACUGCCCAGAGAAGCUUGAUUCAGCUUUCAUCCGCCCUGGUCGUAUUGAUCUUCAAGUAGAAUUUACAAAUGCCACGCAAUUUCAUGCCAAAGAAAUAUUUGAACGCAUGUAUGCUAGACAGCCAAUUAGAACCAACGCUUCCGUUAGUACACCCGAGGCAAUUAUCGAUGAGAAGGAAACAACAUCCGAGGACAGAAUAUACGGGGAAGAGAUUAAGGCGAUGGCACUUGAAUUUGCUGAUCAUAUUCCCGAUGGCCUGUUGAGUCCGGCUGAGAUCCAAGGCUUCCUCCUAAAUCGUCGAAAGGAACCGAAAAAGGCUCUAGAAGAGGUAACGACCUGGGUCAAGGGGCUUUUAGAGUCGAAGAAGAAGGGAAAGAAGGUUGUUGGUGCUCACUCGCAAGCAUGGCACAGUGCUGCAAAGCACCCUAAAGCUGGCACGACACACGAUCAUACUCACGCCUCAGACCCAAGUCGGCUGGUAAUGUAUGUUCAGACAUUCAAAACACCGAACAAAGAACCUCUAUCAUUGCUGCCACUCAUCGAGAAGCACACCAAGGUGACCCACAUUAUAUUGGCAUCUUUGCAUCUACAUGAUGUUCCUGGCGAGAUUCGGUUGAACGACGACCGACUUGAGUCACCAGUUUGGGAUGAUCUUUGGCAUGAAACUUGGUUGUUGCGGCAGAAUGGUGUCAAGGUGAUGGCACUGCUGGGAGGUGCCGCAGGAGGGACUUACAAAAGACUAAAUGGAACUGAUGCUCAAUUUUACGCCUACUACAAUCCUCUACUUGCGCUCAUUCGGAAGUACCAUUUUGACGGGUUAGAUUUGGACGUCGAGGAAAAUGUUGACAUAAGCACACCGAUUCGCUUGAUGACUGCUUUGCGUCGAGAUAUGGGUCCAGAUUUUAUAAUAACAAUGUCACCAUUGGCAUCGGCGUUAACUGACGAACUCGGGCAGAACUUGUCUGGAUUUUCGUAUUUCGAGCUCGAGAAAUUCGCAACCAUGCCAGGAUCCGAUGAGAAGCUUGUAUCAUGGUAUAACGGCUUGUUUUACGGCCCAUUUGCUAGAGGACCACCUGUUUUUGAUGCGUGUGUAGAGGCGGGAUGGGACCCCUCAAGGAUAGUAAUGAUCGUGCUGGAUUGUGCAGAUGAUGGCCAACCGAAUGGCUUCGUCCAUAUCGAAGAUCUCCAAGAGACCAUUAAAAACCUGCGGGCUUUAUAUCCGGGCUUCGGCGGCAUGGGAGGUUGGGAGUAUCAUGAUGCAGGAAUGAGUGACUGGGAUGUAUAUCAACCAUGGCUGUGGGUGAAGAGGGUGGGCGAUGCACUAUUUGACCCUCUACAACAAGCUCUCGGCAAAGGAGUCGCGGAUGAGUUGAGAUAA